AAAAAGAAUUUUUCACUUUUAAUACAUAUAUAUAAAAAAUGACUGGUCGUGGAAAAGGUGGAAAAGGACUCGGAAAGGGAGGAGCUAAGCGUCACAGAAAGAUUCUUCGUGACAACAUUCAAGGUAUCACUAAGCCUGCUAUUCGUCGUCUCGCUCGUCGUGGUGGUGUGAAGCGUAUCUCUGGUCUCAUUUAUGAAGAGACCCGUGGUGUCCUCAAGGUCUUCCUCGAAAACGUUAUUCGUGAUGCCGUUACUUAUACUGAACAUGCCAAGAGAAAGACUGUUACCUCUUUGGAUGUCGUCUAUGCUCUUAAGAGACAAGGCCGUACCCUCUAUGGUUUCGGUGGAUAAAUCUUCUUUUUUUUUUCUUUUAUAUCUUUUAAUUACCCUUUUAGCAUUCUGUAAAUAAACCUUUUAUUUUUUCUCAAAAUAAAAUAAAUUACUCGUGAAAGUGGUCACAUUUCUCUUUUUUUUUUUUUUUUUUUUUCUUUCAUUAAAAAAUAAACUUGUGG